UCCUGAGCUUCGUUAUAAAUAAACCCUUCCCCCACUUCCUCGCAACAGAAAAACUGAGUACGGGGUGCCACGAGCCAUGGCCAAGCCUCGCAAGCCCAAGCCCGACCCGGAAGACUCCAAGCCAGCUAACUCCGGCGCCGUCGUCCGCCACCAGAAGCUCUGUCUCUCCAUUGACACGAACCUCCGUCGCAUCUACGGUUACACUGAACUGGAAAUUGAGGUACCUGAUAUCGGAAUCGUUGGAUUACAUGCGGAGAAUUUAGGGAUUGAGAGUGUGCUUGUAGAAGGGGAACCGACGGAGUUUGAGUAUUACCCGCAUAAUCAGGUAGCUGAUAGUGAAAAGCGGUGGGGCUCCGCCGCAUCUUCUCUGAGUUCAGCUGCGGAUGCUGCUGCCGCUGCCUACGUUACGGCACUGGAGAUGGAACUGAUGCCUAAUUUUCUUAUCAAUUGUUGCAAUAAAAUGCACAUUGAGCAAAUCAAUACGGAGAAUAACGGAGUCCAAUCUUCUGCUGAAGUCAAGCAGAAUGUGAAAUCAGUUCGUGUUAACUAUUGGGUAGAAAAAAUGGAGACAGGGAUUCAUUUUGAGGAUAAUGUGGUACAUACUGAUAAUCAGAUACGACGUGCUCGGUGCUGGUUUCCUUGUAUUGAUGAUAAUAAUCAACGGUGCUGUUACGAUCUGGAGUUCACAGUUGCCCACAAUCUUGUGGCUGUCAGCAAUGGGAGCUUAUUAUAUCAGGUCUUGAGCAAAGAUGACCCUCCUCGCAAGACAUAUGUCUACAGAGUAGAUGUUCCUGUCACUGCUCAGUGGAUAUCUUUGGCAGUUGGACCAUUUGAAAUCCUCCCUGAUCAGCAUAAUGGUCUCGUUUCGCACAUGUGUUUACCACCUAACUUGCCAAAGCUACGUAACACAGUGGAGUUUUUCCAUAGUGCAUUCAGUGAUUAUGAGCAGUAUCUUGAUGCAAAGUUUCCAUUUGGGUCAUACAAGCAAGUUUUUUUAGCUCCUGAGAUGGCCAUAUCCUCCUCAACUUUUGGGGCCUCCUUGAGCAUCCUUAGUUCUCAAGUUUUGUUUGAUGAGAAAGUCAUAGAUCAGACAAUAGACACUUGCAUCAAACUUGCUUUUGCCCUUGCAAGACAGUGGUUUGGGGUAUAUAUUACUCCAGAGGCACCAACUGAUGAAAAGAUAUCUGUUGCUUGUCAAAAAAAGAAAAGAUAUCUGUUGCUUGUCAAAGAAAGAAAAGAUGUGUUAGUGCUCAUAUGGCUGCUUAAAUUUUUAUCGUCAGAGUGGCUGCUGGAUGGUCUUGCUGGUUUUUUGACAGAUUUGUUUAUCAAGAAAUUUUUGGGAAAUAAUGAGGCACAGUAUCGAAGAUACAAGGCAAAUUGUGCUGUGUGCAAAGCUGAUGAUAGUGGUGCAACAGCUUUGAGUUCCUCUUUUGCUUGCAAGGAUUUGUAUGGAACCCAUUCCAUUGGCUUGAAUGGAAAAAUACGAUCAUGGAAAUCUGUGGCAAUCCUUCAGAUGUUGGAAAAGCAAAUGGGACCUGACUUCUUUAAAAAGAUUUUGCAAGCAAUAAUUUCUCGUGCACAAGGUACAACCUGUCCUGUGAGGUCUCUUAGCACAAAAGAGGGAAUGCAAGAAAGUAUUGCCAUGAUUUGUAGUUUUUUUGUUUUCUUUCACAAAUUCCGGCAUUUUGCUAACAAAAUUGGAAAUCUGGAGCGUCCGUUUCUCAAAGAAUUUUUCCCUCGGUGGGUAGGAUCACAUGGAUGUCCAGUGCUUAGGAUGGGGUUUUCCUACAACAAGCGGAAAAAUAUCAUUGAGUUGGCAGUUUUGCGGGAAUGCACAGCUACACUAGAUUCAAGUGUAUCAGUUCCGAAUGCUAACCCCGAUUCUGAAAACCGUGAUGGUGAUAUCGGAUGGCCUGGGGUUAUGACUGUCAGGGUUUAUGAACUUGAUGGCAUGUCUGAUCAUCCGGACCUUCCAAUGUCUGGAGAUGCAUGGCAGCUGCUGGAAAUAGCAUGUCACUCAAAGCUUGCUGCUAGACGCUACCAGAAGCCUAAAAAGGGUUCAAAACCUGAUGGCUCUGAUGAUAAUGGUGAUACGCCCAGUUUAGACGUGCGCUCUAGUGUAGACUCUCCAUUGUUGUGGAUUAGGGCAGAUCCAGAGAUGGAGUACCUUGCCGAAAUUCAUUUUAAUCAACCUGUACAGAUGUGGAUUAAUCAGUUAGAGAAGGAUGAAGAUGUUGUUGCUCAGGCACAAGCAAUUGCAGCAUUGGAAUCUUUACCAGAGUUCUCACCUUCUGUUGUCAAUGCUCUGAAUAACUUCCUCACUGAUUCCAAGGCCUUUUGGAGAGUUCGAAUUGAGGCGGCAUUUGCAUUGGCUAAUACAUCUUCUGAGGAAACUGAUUUGGCUGGUUUGCAACAUCUGGUGAGAUUUUAUAAAAGUCAAAGGUUUGAUGCAGACAUUGGACUCCCCAAACCAAAUGACUUCCGUGAUUUUCCAGAGUACUUUGUUCUUGAGGCCAUUCCACGGGCCAUAGCUAUGGUAAGAGCUGCAGAUAAGAAAAGUCCAAGAGAAGCUGUUGAGUUUGUUCUGCAACUUUUGAAGUAUAAUGAUAAUAAUGGGAAUCCUUACUCUGAUGUUUUCUGGCUCGCUGCAUUAGUGCUGUCAGUUGGUGAACUUGAAUUUGGGCAACAGAGUAUUUUCCUUUUAUCUUCUCUUCUCAAGCGCAUCGAUCGGCUUUUGCAAUUUGACAGGUUGAUGCCUAGUUACAAUGGGAUUUUGACAAUCAGCUGCAUCCGAACAUUGGCACAAAUUGCAUUAAAGCUUUCUGGAUUCAUCCACCUAGAUCAUGUCUGUGAACUGAUUAAACCAUUUCGAGAUUGCAAGACAAUCUGGCAAGUACGAAUAGAAGCAAGCAGAGCACUCCUUGAUCUUGAGUUCAACUGCAAUGGCAUCAAUGCAGCAUUGUUGUUGUUUAUUAAAUAUAUAGAGGAAGAGCACUCUUUAAGAGGGCAGUUAAAGUUGGGUGUGCAUGCUAUGCGGUUAUGUCAGAUACGAGGUGGAUUAGUUUCUAAUGAGAAUAUUAAGUCGACCACUCUUGUGGCUUUGCUUCAGCUUUCAGAAAGCCGCACAGCAUUCAAUAAUGUAUCUCUCCGGCACUACUUGUUCUGCAUUCUUCAAGUCCUUGCAGGAAGAACCCCCACACUUUAUGGAGUGCCUAAAGAUAAGUUACGGCGAAUGGGUGAUGUGGAGAUUUGCAAUGAGCAGAAGAACCAUUUUGCAGCUCUCGUUGCAGAGAUAAAGCCUCCUGAACCUCCCGCGGAUAACCCAAACCUUUUGCAUGAUAAUCUGGCCAUUCCAGAAGCUUCCAAGGGAGUGGAUACUGUUUCCAACAGUCAUGAGAGGAAGACAGCCGUUGUUAAGAUUAGGGUCAAGCAGUCUGGGACAACCAGUAAAGCAGAGGAAGGCGAUGAUGCUACUGUCGAAAGAUCUCAAGGAAGGCAUCAUGAUGCUGAUCGCGGCGCCACCAGUUCGGUUUCAGUGGAUGCACCCCAAAGAAAUUCAGCUGAGGCUGUGAGCAUUAGCAAUCAAAAUAUCGAAGAAGUCAACUCAUUUCAUGAUCACGGGUCUCGGAUCACUGCUAGCAUUGGGAGUGCAAAAAUUGCCAGUGAAGGUGACAACUUUGGUAAGGAACUUCAGUGUACUGCCGAUUCAAGCAAUGUUGCCGUGUGUCCUCAGCCCGAUAUUGCGUCAUCACCAAGCAUCAUCCAAGAUAACUACAUAGAUGCUGAAGGCCGAAAGUUUGCAAGUCUUCAAACCCUAUCCGUUUCAAGGCAGGAUGGUGGUUCAUUGGGCACUGGGGAUUCUCCAAACCGCGGCAAGGAGAAGAAGAAGAAGGACAAGGAAAAAAAGAAAGAUAAGGAAAAGAAACGAAAGCGAGAAGACCACAAAGGGCACCGGGACGAUCCCGAGUAUUUAGAGAAGAAGCGAUUGAAAAAGGAAAGAAAACAGAAGGAGAAGGAGAUGGCAAAGCUGCUGAGUGAAGCGAAGACGACUCCAACAACAGAAUUGCGAGGUAAGAAAGAGGAAACGACAUCUUUAACGAGAGAGUUGCCUGGUAAGAAAGAGGAACUGGUUACCAAGUCAGCAACGGUGCAAUUGAAACCAAGUGUACCCCCCAAAGCAGCGAUAACAAAGUCGGAAACCAGGACGGAGCCAACAGAAGGUACUUCAGCUCCCAAAUUCCGAAUAAAAAUAAAGAACAAGUCGCUGAAUAAAUCAUAGUGCAAAGUUGUUGGGUCUAGAAUGUCACCAUUAAACAUUGCUGGAAACGAUGGAAUCAUCCAUUUUUUUGUUUUUGGACUUUCCUCUCCAGCAAUUUUGUAGAUGAUUUCUAGUUUUAAUGUGAAGCAGCGUAGUGAUCUAUUCUCUUUGAUUCUCA